AUGUCGCCAUCCUACCCAAGCACCACUAACGAUAUGAUCACCGAGGAGCCGUCCUCUCCAAAGCAGAUCCCGCGGCUCACGAGGAGACUCACCGGGUUCCUGCCCCAGGAGAUCAAGGCGAUCGACGCAAUGAUCCCCCUGCAGUCGAGGGCCCUGUGGAACAAGCACCAGGUCAAGAAGUUCAAAGACGAGCAGGACUUCCAGUCGCGGUUCGUGGACCACGUGGAGACCACCCUCGCGAGGUCCCUGUACAACUGUGACGACCUGGCAGCGUACGAGGCAACGUCCAUGUCCGUGAGGGACAACCUGGUCAUCGACUGGAACAAGACGCAGCAGAAGUUCACCACGAGAGACCCAAAGAGAGUGUACUACCUGUCCCUCGAGUUUUUGAUGGGGAGAGCGCUGGACAACGCGCUGAUCAACAUGGAGGUCGAGGACGACGAGAAACACACCACGGGCGGGCCCCCAUCUAGUGCCGGUUCCUCAGACCCGAAGAAACAGAACCCGAACUCUCGCGAGAUGAUCGGGGACGCGCUGGACCAGUUGGGGUUCAGACUGGAGGACGUCCUGGAGAAGGAACAGGACGCCGGGUUGGGGAACGGCGGGCUCGGGAGACUGGCCGCCUGCUUCGUCGACUCAAUGGCCACGGAGAAUAUCCCCGCGUGGGGGUACGGGCUUCGCUACCAGUACGGGAUCUUCUCGCAGAAGAUCAUCGACGGGUACCAAGUGGAGACCCCGGACUACUGGCUCAACUUCGGUAACGCGUGGGAGAUCGAGCGUAACGAGGUACAGUUCCCAAUUACUUUCUACGGGUACGUCGACAGGUCCGAGAAGGACGCGUCCACUUUAUCCCCGUCGCAGUGGAUCGGUGGCGAGAGAAUCAUCGCCGUCGCGUACGACAUGCCCGUGCCAGGUUACAAGACCAGCAACGUCAAUAAUCUGAGAUUGUGGCAGGCAAGACCCACCACGGAGUUCGAUUUCGCCAAGUUCAACUCGGGGGACUACAGAAACUCCGUCGGGCAACAACAGCGUGCCGAGUCCAUCACCGCCGUGCUGUACCCGAACGAUAACUUCGAACAGGGCAAGGAACUCAGACUCAAGCAACAGUACUUCUGGUGUUCCGCCUCCUUGCACGAUAUCAUCAGACGGUUCAAGAAAUCAAAGAGACCCUGGUCAGAGUUCCCAGACCAGAUCGCCAUCCAGUUGAACGACACUCAUCCAACACUCGCAUUGGUCGAAUUGCAAAGAAUCCUGGUCGAUUUGGAGAAAUUGGACUGGCACGAGGCAUGGGAGAUCGUAACAAACACUUUCGCCUACACCAACCACACAGUCAUGCAGGAGGCCCUCGAGAAAUGGCCUGUUGGGCUGUUCGGACACUUGCUACCAAGACACUUGGAGAUCAUCUACGACAUCAACUGGUUCUUCCUACAAGAGGUCGCCAAGAAGUUCCCCAAGGAUAUCGACCUGCUUUCCAGAAUCUCCAUCAUCGAGGAGGCAGGGGCCGAGAGACAGAUCAGAAUGGCGUUCUUGGCCAUCGUGGGGUCCCACAAGGUGAACGGUGUUGCCGAGUUGCAUUCGGAAUUGAUCAAAAAGACAAUAUUCCACGACUUCGUCAAGUUCUACGGAGAAUCCAAAUUCACAAACGUCACUAACGGUAUCACCCCAAGAAGAUGGUUGAAACAGGCCAACCCUAAAUUGACAGACCUCAUCGCAGAGGCCAUCAACGACCCACAGUUCAACUUCCUCUUGGAUAUGCCAAAGCUAACGGAAAUGACCAAGUUCGCCGAGGACAAAGAGUUCCAGGACAAAUGGGAUAAAGUCAAGCAACACAACAAGAUCAGACUCGCGGACUUGAUCAAGAACUUGAACGACGGCGUCGACAUCAUCGACAGAGAACACAUCAGCGACACCAUGUUUGACAUCCAGGUCAAGCGUAUCCACGAGUACAAAAGGCAACAGUUGAACGUCUUCGGUGUCGUGUACCGUUACUUGGCCAUGAAGACCAUGCUGAAGAACGGCGUCCCCAUCGAGGAAGUCGCAAAGAAGUUCCCUCGGAAGGUCUCCAUCUUCGGCGGGAAGAGCGCCCCAGGGUACUACAUGGCCAAACUGAUCAUCAAGCUAAUCAACUCUGUCGCGGAGGUCGUGAACAACGACGCAGAGAUCGAGAACUUGUUGAAAGUCGUCUUCAUCCCAGAAUACAACGUCUCCAAGGCAGAAAUCAUCAUCCCUGCAAGCGACAUCAGCGAACAUAUCUCCACCGCGGGGACAGAGGCCUCCGGUACCUCCAACAUGAAGUUCGUCAUGAACGGUGGGCUGAUCAUCGGGACCGUCGACGGUGCCAACGUCGAGAUCACAAGAGAGAUCGGCGAGGACAACAUCUUCUUGUUCGGUAACCUGAGCGAGAACGUCGAGGACCUAAGAUACAAUCACCAGUACCACCCAACGGCCCUCCCAGAGGACUUGGAGAAAGUGUUGGACUACAUCGAACAGGGCAACUUUUCCCCAGAAAACCCUCAGGAGUUCAAGCCAAUCGUCGACGCCGUCAAGCAACACGGCGAUUACUACUUGGUCAGCGACGACUUCGACUCGUACAUCGCGACGCAGGAACUUGCCGACCAGUUCUACCACAACGACAGACGUGAAUGGAUCAAAAAAUCUAUCCUGUCUGUGGCAAACAUCGGGUUCUUCAGCAGUGACCGUUGUAUCCAGGAAUACUCGGAAACGAUCUGGAACGUGGAACCUGUCAAGGCCUGA